AACCCCAAAAAAAGCCUUGGAUCUGAUAAGGUAAGGUCCGCUGUCUCUUUCAUCGAUGAUGAAUUGUCUCGGAACAGAUGUCGUUGACAUAAAGGGUGACACGCGAAAAAAGUUGAGGGCGCGAAGAAGAUUCAGCAAGUGGAAGUGGGUCUACAUAUGCAAGUUGUCGCUUGUCACAAACACAUCUUUAUUCAAUGGUGACAUCUAAUAAUUCUGCAAUAUAUAUGAUAUGUACUAGAUCAAUAACAAACCAUUUCUACUUCAAAAUCUCUGGAUAUUUCCAUGGCUACUCGGUUCGGAUUCUUCACUCUGACAGUUAGUCUGCUGAUUAUUAUUGGCUCAGAUGCUUUUACUACAAGCACAAGUAGUAAGGUGGAGGAAACGCUGCAAUUCACAUACUCAGGAGCAACGGGGCCGGACAAGUGGGCGAGUUUGAAUCCCAACUUCUCCCUCUGCGCAACCGGGAAACUUCAAUCUCCCAUUAACAUCGUCUCUGCCAGAGCUGUUCGAAACAGCAAGUGGAAGCCUCUAGUUAGAAAUUAUCGAGCCGUGAAUGUCACUUUGGUCGAUAAUAAGUUCACCGUUGCGAUUGAAUACCCUGAGGACACAGGAGAGAUAAGUCUAGAUGAGAAGCUGUAUAGGCUGAAACAAAUGCACUGGCAUUCGCCAUCUGAGCACAGAAUCAACGGAAACAGGUUUGCGGCAGAGCUUCACAUGGUGCACGUAUCUGACGAUGGCAAAGUGUUAGUAGUAGGCACCCUUUUCCAGGUUGGACGGCCUGAUCCAGUUCUUCAAACGAUAGACAAGAAACUGUAUGAACUGGGGAGUGAGUACAGAAGCAGAAGCAGAAGCAGAAGCAGCGAGGCGAUACAAGUAGGAGUGUUCCAUCCGGCAGAAUUAAGGACAAGUCUGAGGAAAUACUACAAGUACACCGGGUCUUCGAGUGUUCCUCCUUGCACCGAGCAUCUCAUCUAUCUUGUUAUCGCUAAGCCGAGAUGUAUAUCUAAACAACAAGUAGAAGCUCUCAAGGCUCCACUCGACAUCAGAUGCAAGAACAACGCCAGGCCUUGUCAGCCACUCAAUGCGCGACACGUCCACCUUUACCAGGAUUAAUACAUCUUCAACUUUUUUUUCUACUUAAAUCAAACAUGUCGCUACUAAUAAUAAUUUUACUAGUAUUUCUGUUUCUCUGUAUUUAGAAAAGCACUCAUUGAGUUAUACUCCCUCCUUCCGCGAA